CUCGAUCCCUCUGAGCCACAAUUAACAGGAUGGCCGACGCACCGGCCAUAAGCGUGCCAACAAUAGGGGACAAGUUGGACGGCUUCCGCGAGAGUUUCCGCUCGACUUGCGACAAUCUAGGACUUCCUCAUUCAGCAGACGCUUUGCGUCAACUCGAUAGCGAAGACCUGCAAAGCCUAGCGCUUGACCUAGUCUCUGCACUGCGAACCUUGUCGGACCUGCGAAGGCGACCGUCUGUCAAUAGCCGAAAAAGCCUCUUGAGUGACGUGCUGAGGCUUAAUUCUGCAAUCAGUUCUGACGACUUCGACACCGACCAGCUCGUUUCGUUACUGAGUGCCAUUGUGAACGAAGAGUCUCAUGAUAUAAUCUGGAGAAAAAUACAAACUGUUCUUGUCGAAUCUACCCCUCCCCCGAAGUCCCUACCGCCCAUCUUCGUAAACUCUUCCGAACAAAGAAGGCAUGUAGAUGCUAUGCUUAAGGAAGAGCUCAAAUCAAUCUACGUCGGUGUGCAAGGUUUCUACGAGGCAUACUUCGGUGAUAUCGAUGGGUUGGAAGAAGCAGGGGCUGCGGUUUUCAGAAGAUGCCAGGAAGGACAGAGUCCUCUGUUCACAAAGAAUGGAUGGCGAGACUGGCCAGAAAAUGCGAAGGAGGGGGAUGUUUUAGAUUGGCUUUCGACUUGGAUUCGUCAUAUCCGUAUGGGAUCUACAGCCGACCGCAAAUUAGACAUCGGCAUUAUGCCCAACACCAAGGAACACCAUUGGUCGCAUAUCCUAGUCCUCGGGGAGCUGAAAAGUAAUCCUAAAGCAGAUUCAGCUUCGCAAACCUGGCGGGAUCUAGGACGUUAUGCAAGGGAGGUCCUCACCACCCAAGAUACUCGCAGGUUUAUCCUAGGCUUUACACUCUGCGGAUCCAGUAUGCGUCUGUGGGAGUUUGAUCGAGUGGGAGCUAUCGCAUCAUCCCCAUUUGAUAUUAACAAAAAGGGAUACCGGUUUGUUUCAGCCAUGCUAGGAUUUCUUCGGAUGAAUGAUGAACAAUUAGGAUAUGAUCCCAGCGUCAUAUCAGCGUCAGAUGGGAAAAGACUCAUUGAGAUAACACGAGACGGGCAUUCGGAACGUCUUGUUCUCGAUAGUCUGAUAAAACGCGCCCCAUGUGUGGCGGGCAGAGCCACAACCUGCUGGAAAGCCCAUCGCGAGGGGGAUGAAAGCACGCCACUUGUUAUCAAGGACUCAUGGCAGUAUCCAGAGCGAGCAGAAGAAGGCAAGCUUUUGCACGAAGCCACAGAGAAAGGGGUUGUCAAUGUGGCCAGGUAUUACCACCAUGAAACGGUUCAAGUUAACGGAAAGAUCGAUGAUGUUCGGAACGGCAUUCGCAGAGGACUCGAUGUGACCAAGUCAACAAAUCACAGAGCAACACGCCCUGAAACAACCUUAGCUGAGAGCGAUACAGCAGAUAUAGAAAGGGUAGGUCGCUCCAUGGGUAGCAGUACGGGGAGCAAGAGGUCAUCCAGUCGUGCCGGUGCAACGCUGCCGCACAGCAAACGAACCUGCUCGAGUUCCCCCUUCAAGGCGGCUCGGGACAUCGCCCGAGAGAAUCGAGUGCAUAGACGCGUGAUUAUCCGUGACUUCGGGAAGCCUAUUUACAAAGCAAGCUCUCAUACCACUAUGCUUGCAGCACUGGAGGGUUGCGUAGAUGGGUACCAGUCUCUCCAUAUGAUGGCAGGAUUGUUCCAAGGUGACAUUUCGACGGGCAACCUGAUGAUGAACGAAGAAGAUGGCAAUCCAUCAUGGCUCGCAUUUCUAAUUGACCUCGACCUGGCAAUUAAAGAAGAUCGGACGGCACCCUCAGGAGCCCAAGGCAAAACCGGCACGAGGGCCUUCAUGGCUAUAGGUGUGCUAUUAGGAGACAUACAUUCAUUCAUGCAUGAUAUGGAAUCACUCUUCUGGUUUUUAUUUUGGAUAUGCAUCCACUACGAUGGACCAGACCAGAAAGGCAGACUGGCCCAAAUCAAGAAAGGAAUAGUUGCUGAUGAAGCGGACUUCAUUGAGAUCGCCGGGAAGAACUUCACGUCUUACCACCGACCACUUAUCCCUUGGGUUAAUAGAUUGCGGAAGGUUGUCUUCCCAAGUGGCGGCCGAUGGAGGACGGAAGACAGGGCUCUUUAUACACGGAUAAAGGAGGUUCUUCAGAAAGCUCAGAAAGAGCCGAAUGUUUCCAAGGGGUAG